AUGUUCAUGAACACAGCUUCUCCCCGGAGAUCGUUCAGCAUCCCCAUUAACAUCAACCUGCAUGGGGCUCGCAGGCGGCAGACACGUCACAGGGAGGUCCUCCAUGCAGCAGUCGCUACCGAACACGAGUGCAGCCGUGGAGCCGAUGGACGAGGAGGGCAGGGGGCCCGGGCCCAGGUGCCGGUGUCGAGUGUCGGGGAGGACCGAGCCAUCCUGCUGGGCUUCACCAUGAUGGCCUUCUCCGUGCUCAUGUUCUCCGUGGUCUGCAUCACGAUGGUCAAACCCUACGUCACCAGCAGCUGGGAGCAGGAGGUGAGCUGUGUGCUGCAGCAGACCGAGCUGCCGGAGGAGUGGGUGGACUGCAGAGGCGUGAGCUCGGUGCCCUGCCUCAGGGCCACGGUCAACCUCACAGGCUCCAAUCAGGAGGCUCUCCUCCACUUCGACGAGGAAUCGGUUCUCCUCGCGACCGAGUGUUUCUACAUCCCCAAAUGUCAGAUGGACAGAAAAGCGCUCCAGGAUGAGGUCCGGAGAGUGAAGAGCAGCUUGGACAGCCAGCUGGGGAGCAGCUCGUCGUGCUUCGUCGACCCCACCGCGCACCCCGACCACGCCAUCCUGAGCAGGAAGUACACCCUGAGGAAGGCGCUGCUGGCUCUGCUGUGGCCCUGCCUGAUGCUGGGCGGCGGGGCUCUGCUGGUGGGCCUGGUGAAGCUCACGCAGUGCCUGGCUCAUCUGUCCUCCGAGGUGUGCAGCGACCCGGCCGGAACCAGGCUGACUUUGAGACACACUCAGGGCAAACUGUACCGACUUGUCAGGAGGUCCAGCACGCAGUCGCCUUUAUGA